AUGAAUAGUAAUGGAUUCAGGAGAAUGUGCGUGGAUGAGAUAAGGAGAGCAGACAACGUGGCUGUUCUGGAGGAGUGUACCGACUUCUACUCCUUCGUGAUGGAGCAGGCGAGGGUGGCCACCAGAAUAUGCAUCUGCUGUCUGGCACUGGGGUGCGACGAGAAGACGGAGGAAUUGGCCAGAAUUCUGGGGCGGCGGCUCAGGGAGGGGGUGGAGCUCGUGAUUCUGGCCGACAAGACGAGGAACGAGGAGGACGAGGGGAUUCUGGCGAUGUUCUACAGGCACGGGCUGAGAGGGAGCAUGAGACUGGUCGAUGCUGAGACAAGCAGGUGGCUUCCAAAUCUGGUGAAUAACGCCCUGGGAGUCUAUCACAGCAAACUGUACAUCUUCGACGAGACCGUGUUGAUGACAGGAGCAAACUUGUACGGGAUUUACUACGAAAAUAGGGCAGAUCGAUAUUACGUCAUAAAAAGUAGGGAAUUGGCAGAAUACUACUGCAAAAUGGUAGUAGGAGAGGGGGUGUGGCACGAUAGGGGUAGUUAUGGUGGUCAGAGUGAGGGUAGUAUGCGUGAAACAGGUGAAACUGCUAUGGGAAAGUGGAACUCGAUUAGUCUUGAAAACGUACAGUUUCAGGUGAGCACAUUCAACCAGAAGAAUGAGAAGGAGGUGCUGUUGAGGCUGUUUGAAACAGAGUACAGCGAAAUGGCUGUUUCUACGGCCUACCUGAAUAUGCCAGGGGAGUAUCUGGAUGCAUUGAGGACGAAGGAGUUCAAGCUGUUUGUACCAGCACCAGAGAACAACACUUUCAACACAUUCGGGUUCUUUAAUCAGGUGAUUACGCAGGUGUAUGCGUAUACAAGUUAUUAUACAGCAAAUAGACUACCAAAAUGUGAGUUAUACGAGUAUACGAGACCAAAUUACUCAUUUCAUAAGAAGGGGAUAUGGGUGUUCUAUGAGAAAUCAGCAAUAUCAGUGGUGGGGUCAUCGAACUACAAUUUACGAAGUAAUCGAUUGGAUGAGGAGCAGAAUUUCAUGAUGUUUACGGAAGAUAAACGGAUUAUUGCGAUGUGGAGGGAAGAAAUAAGGAAAUUGGAGGAGGAUUGUAAGAAGAGAAGUGUAGAAGAGAUGAGAUACAGGUGCAAGUUAUGGGUUAUGCUGAUAUUUAUUCUGGCGAAUUUUCUAUUUUAG